UGGAAAAUUGUAUCGUUCGGCCAUAUAUAAGGGACUGCUAAACUUCAUGAAACAACAGUUGAGAAUCGUUCUUUGUAAUUGCUUGAAUAGAAAAAAUGAAAAAGUUUACGAUUUCGAUCCUGUGCUUGCUAUUAGUUGGACUGGUCCUAGUUCAACAUGGCACCGAGGCAACGGAUGGGAAAGACUCGGGUUACGGCGCGGAAUUUGGAGCUGUAGAAGAAUACAAUAGCGGUGAAUACGAAGGCGGAGAAUACGGAGGUGAGAAAGGACAUUUUAAAGGACGCCAUAAGGGGCACCAUCACAAGGGGCACCAUCACAAAGGGCACCAUCACAAGGGGCACCAUCACAGCGGUGGAGAAUACGGGGGUGGAGAAUACGGUGGCGGGGAAUAUGGAGGUGAAAAAGGGCACCACAAAGGUCAUCAUAAAGGUCAUCAUAAAGGGCAUCAUAAAGGUCAUCAUAAAGGGCACCACAAAGGUCAUCAUCAACAUCAUCAUCAACAUCACGGAGUUGGGGAAUACGGCGGUGGAGGCUUUGCUUACGCAUCGGCUGGUGGCUACUCAUCUCAUCCGGCGGCAUCCUAUUCUUCACAACCAGAUUUUGGUUUCGGAGGCCACGAAGGAUUCCAAGGAUCGCCAGGAUACGGUUAUCCGUCAGCUCCAAUUUUUCCAUCAUAUGGUGAUACCUUCGCAGGAGAUUAUUAUUAGUAACUAAUGGCACUAUUCAUUUCAUUCUACCACUUGAAGUGGUUCAACCUUCAUACCCUUUUGUGCAUUCCAGUUUGAUUCUGUAGAAUUGAUUUGAUAUCAUUAUAGAUUAUACACAAAGUUUCUGCGA